AUAUAAAAAAUUCUAAUAUUGUACCAUUUCAACAAUUUGAACUUUGUUAAUUAUGUAACCAAAAAAACCUCCCCAUAAUAAUAUGCCUAACAACAAAUAUUCCCAAAACAGAUUUUCCUUACAUUUCACUAAUUACUUUCUUCUUCUCUAAAUUCUCUACUCAAAAUUCAUCCAUGGCACAACAAUUUCCGCCAUGGAUUCUCACCUUCACCUUCAUCAUGAUCACCAUCAAUCUCACUCUCCCAGUUCUCUCUUUCUCUCCUCAAAACAUAGAAACCACCUACCCAUACCCAAACCCAUCUCCACCAACCUCUUCUCCCCUUCCAUCAAAACCCCCAUCUUCAAAUUCACCCACUCAACUUCCGACGCCGGUCGAACCAGCGGCGACGACGGGUCCUUCCACGUCAUCAAAAGGGAAGAUAGCUAAGGUGGUAGCCGCUACGGCGGUUAGUACUGUGGUGGUUACUGCCGCAGCUCUCUUUUUCGUUCAACGAUAUAUGGUCGCUAAAAGAAAGAGAGAGAAUGGUGCCGUCGCGGUCGCCGGCGCCGCCGCUGGCGGCGGCGGCGGCGGAGGGCCGGUUGUGCAGACGAUUGGUCGGAGUGAGUUUGUGAGGUAUGAUGGUGGUUUUAAGGGUUUCAUUGUUGAUGAAAAUGGUCUUGAUGUUUUGUAUUGGAGAAAACUUGAGAUGAAAAAUAAUAAUAAUAAUAAUAAUAAUAAUUCAAAAGAAAAUGGUAAUGAUGAUAAUCGUCGCCGGAGAAGGAAUGAAGCUGUUCAAGAGAUUCCUUUACUCAGGGGAAGAUCAUCAAGUUCUCAUGUAGUUAAAGUUGUUGUUCCGGUAGAAGAAGAAGAACCCGAAACUCGAUCGUCGUCGUCGUCUUCGUCGGCUCCACCGCCUUCGGCUCCUCCUACGCCUCCACCUCCACCGCCACCACCCCCGAAAAAUACUUCUGCUCCUGCUCCUCCGCCUCCUCCGCCGCCUAAGAGGCAUAAUUUGCAUUCGGUUCCGAAACCGCCAUUGGGAUCAAAAGGAGGUAAGGAGGAGGCAACAAUGUCUACAACAGCACCGGUGAAAUUGAAGCCGUUGCAUUGGGAUAAGGUGAAUACGAAUGCUGAACAUUCCAUGGUUUGGGAUAAAGUCAAUGACAAUGGCUCAUUUAGGUUUGAUGGAGAUUUAAUGGAAGCUCUUUUUGGAUGUGUUGCAACAAAUAGAAAAUCCCCAAAAGGAAACGAAGCACCAAAAGCUAUAAAUGCUCCCCCACCUCAAGUUUUCAUACUAGACAACAGAAAAUCACAGAACAUAGCCAUAAUUCUCAAGUCACUCUACAUUUCCAGAAGAGAAAUCAUUGAUUCUCUCAUGGAUGGUCAUGGUUUGAAUGCCGAGACACUCGAAAAGCUCUCGAGAAUCGCUCCCACCGAAGAAGAACAAUCGAAGAUCCUCGAAUUCCAUGGAGACCCCACUAGGCUAGCAGACGCCGAGAGCUUUCUGUUCCACAUUUUGAAAGUUGUUCCGUCGGCUUUUACUCGCAUUGACGCCAUGUCGUUCAGGUCGAACUACAGUUUCGAGAUUUUGCAGCUAAAGGAGUCUAUUCGAACGCUUGAUUCGGCCUGCAAGGAGCUGAGGACUCGCGGGCUGUUCAUGAAACUAUUGGAGGCGAUUCUCAAGGCCGGGAAUCGUAUGAAUGCUGGCACUUCUAGAGGGAAUGCACAAGCUUUUAACCUCAAUUCAUUAAGGAAACUUUCUGAUGUUAGAAGCACCGAUGGAAAGACGACUCUUCUUCAUUUCGUGGUGGAAGAAGUCGUUCGGUCUGAGGGAAAACGGUGUGUUUUGAAUAGAAAUCGCAGCACGAGUCGCUCAUACUCGCGACAGAGUAGUAAUAGCAGCAGCAGCAGUAGCUCAAGUAAGACGACGAGUUUAGCAAGUCACGAAAAAGAGAAGGAAUAUGUAAUGUUGGGGUUACCGGUAGUGGGAGGUCUAAGUUCCGAAUUCUCUAAUGUAAAAAAAGCCGCAGCCAUAGAUUACGACACUUUUUCAACGACAUCCUCUGCUGUCUUGAAAAGAGCAGAGGAUGUUCGAAAACUUAUCGUGUCACAAUCCAUUAAAGGUGGAUUCGCGAGAGAGAUGGAGACAUUUCUCGACGCUGCAGAAGAGGAAGUUAAGGUUGUUGAGAGAGAACAAUUGAGGGUAAUGGAGCUCGUGAGGAAGACGACGGAGUAUUAUCAAGCGGGAACUUCGAAGGAGAAAGGAGCUCACCCAUUUCAGCUCUUUGUUAUUGUAAAGGAUUUCUUGGUCAUGGUUGAUCUUGUUUGUGUUGAAAUUGCCAGGGAUUUGCAAAAGAAGAAGAAGAGAGUGGCGGCUGAAAGUCCACGAUCGACACAACUUUCGAGCAUGAUUAGUACUACUACAUCUCCGUCGGCUCAUGUCAAUAGGCCGACGGUAAAGUUCCCUAACUUGCCAGACAAUUUCAUGUCUGACAAGUCUAGUGAUUCAGAUGAUGAUUAAUUUUUUUCGAGUAUAUAAGUUUUCAUUUUUUUUUUCUUCAUUUCUUGUACAUAGAAAAUCAAAAGAAAUAUGUAGGAUGAUUAGACUAGGAUAAGGCAAAAAAGAGUGAAAAAAAAAAAGAGGAAAAGAGUUGAUAAUGAGGGUGAUUUUUUUCUUCUUUUUUUCAUUAUUAUUAUUACUAUACAUUGUUUCAAUCU